AUGAUAUCCACUACGAAUGUUAGUCAGGAUGCUUCGUCACAGGACUUUUCGCAACAGCCUAGCACGGGCGCCCACCGAAAUACCGUUUACACGGGUGAGCCAGACACAACCGGGUUCGGGGUGCUCAGGCCGACAGAGAUUGUCCCCGAACGCGAACCAACGGGUCAAUUUCAGGACCGGCGCGUCAGGGACCCUGUUCCGAGCAAGCUGAAAGGCAAGGCAGAUGCCAAAAAGGGCAAUUUUGCUGUGAUGCACAUGGAGGUGGCGACAGCUGAGUUCAAGGAGAGGCACAAAGCGGCCAAGCGAACGAGCGAGAGCACGGAGCUGGCCGCCAGGAGAGCCAGUCAAAACGGCUACGUGGGCCACAACAAGAAGAGAUUCAUGCCCGUCGCAGAUCAGAAUUUGAUAUACCCAGCAGGUCCCAUCGAGACCAAGGAGGACCAGGCACGACUCCUCACACUCCUCCGCAGCUUGAAUCCAAUAUCUGUUGUUGAUCAGAUCUGCAAAGCAUUGGCAUAUUUUGGAGGCAUACCAGGUGCACCUCCCCCAUCCCACGGGAAGUUUCCCGGCAGUGCUCGAGGCAAUGGGUCUGGUGCAGUCUUUGUGGGCUGGAUCGCGGAGAUUUUCCCAAAAAUUGAACAGGACGCUGCGGCGAUCGCGCAUCCCCUGCAGAAUACAUUCCAAAUUCCGGAAACCAGGGCGGAGAGGCCAGCAAGUCCUGAAAUCAUCGAGAUAUCUCCGCCACCAGAGGUCACGGCACCGCUACUCUCGCCAGAGAACCCUCCCCUACAGUCUCCAUCACCAGAAACGCACCUCGAUGUUCAGCCUCAGCCCCAGCCCCAGCCCCAGCCCCAGCCCCAGCCUCAGCCUCUUAUCUCAGCGCCACAGGACAACACCCCCAGCAUCAAUCCACCUGUAGAGAAACGAGGCAGAGGAAGACCCAAGGGGAGCAAGGCCACGAAGGCUAGGAAAGAUAAGGGCAUCAAAAAGGGUCCCCUCAAAGCUCGACAGGGAGGCUCAGCUGUUCAACCUAGCCAAACUCCUGGCAAUGCCGCCGAUGGUAGCUGGGUGGACAUGGACAGCAGUGUUAUUGAAGCUGAGCAACAACCUCAAGCACCAGUGAACCAGUCCUUUGCUCCUUCUGACUCGAGCCAGCAACAGAGUGCCGCUCCAGCCGCUUUGAGCUCGUCGGCCGGGAAUCUAUCGCAGUCCGUCUCGGCAGAUGUCGAAACAACGCCAUCCGGGAAGAAGAGGGGCCGGCCAAAGGGAUCCAAGAACCGACCAAAAGAUGCUGCCGCAACUUCAAGUGAUACUCCAAGCGUGCCGAGUGCAGCUCCCUUGACAGUCACGCCAAUCCCACCACCCGUGAUCCCGCACAUGUCGACCACGUCCCCGAACGCAAAGAGGACCAGCCGAGUCGAGGCACCUACCGGUAGUAGUUCUACUCCCUCGGGUCAGCAGGGCCACAGGAUCGCGCCAGAGUCGGCAGUCAUCAAUCAGACCCCAAGCAGCGCACAACUCGCAUCUGACCAACUGAAUAUCAGCCAAGUUGGUGCAUCACAGGGCUCCUAUUCGCAAUCCCCAUCGCAGACAGCGUCCUUCACGCCAGCAAAUGCUCUCCGAGCGAGCAUACCGAUCACUGCCUCUGCUCCACCAGAUCAGGCAGACUCUACAGGCGCGAAGCGCAAGAGAAAACCGCCCAAGAGGUCUGAUCAACGUCAAAUAGGCGAUGAAAGCAGCAGCUCUGUGCCACAGCAGCCGCCUCAGCAUUUGAACGACAAUUCCGUGAAUGAAGCAGGGCCAGCGACAGUUCCUGCCGGUCCCUCUGCAGAUCGGUCCAUUGCUGCUUUGCCCCCUGCCAAGCGUCAGAAAAAUGGCAAAGACGUGCAGAGGUUGGGAGCCAAGAAGCAAUCCCAGGCCUCCCAGGCGAUUGAUAACGAACCGGCCGCUGCUGCAUCACAAAGCGAGGCCGGGCCUAGCUUGGUCCCUGGCCUCUCUGUUGAUGUCGAUGAGGAUGAUGCGGCGAUCGAGCCAUUUCCAUCAUCGUCAGCCUCGUUCAGUCAGAACCCGCAGUCUCUUCCACCGCAAAGCAUGCAGGCUAUGACAUCGGCUGCACCAGGGUUAGGUCAACUAUCGGGUCUGUCGCUGGCGCAAGCUGCUCAAGCUAAAGCCCAUGCUGAGGCGCAAGCCAAGAUUCAACCUCAUCUUCGAACACAACCAGGGUUACAACACCCAGCUGCCAUUACUCACCAAGUGCCCAGCAGUGAUGCGAUGCAAACCAUGUCAAAUCACCAACAUAGACAACGCCAGCAGCAGCAGCAGCAGCAGCAACAGCAACAGAUGUCAUCGCAGCUCAUGUCUCCCAGUCCCUCCCAAAUGCACAAUCCAAUGGCGAGUAACAUGAUACCGUCCAGCCAGCAGACUCACCGCCAGCAAGUCAACCCUCAGCAACUGUACGGCCAGGGCCGUCUUGACGCGAACCAAUAUACUCAGCAACAGAGCCCACAAAUGUCGGCACAAUACCCACAGUUUUCCGCCCAGUUUCCACAGUCUCAAAGGCAGUACCCCCAGCAGCGUCAGCAGCAGCAGCAGCAGCAGCAGCAGCAACAGAUGAGCAUUGGAUCUCCCAGCAUGGUGGCUCAAGGUACGACAACGCAUCAGGGCUCGCCCCAGUUUAGCGCUGCCAGCCACCAGGGACUGGCUGCUCCCGCGUCCAUGGGCUACGCCGCCGGCUCUUCCUUUAGCUCCCGGCGCUCCGGCACGUCUUCUGCUUCCCCCUCUCUCAACCCGGCUUACGCAACGCCCACGUCCUCUCAGCACGCGCUGUCGCACCACGGAAGUCCUUCUUUCGGCCAUUCGCGCCUGCAGCAGCAGCAGCAGCAGCAGCAGCAGCAACAGCAGCAACAGCAGCAGCAGCAGCAAGCCACGGGUAGUUCAGCCGCUGCCAGCAUGCAAGCUUUCCAGGGGUUCGAGAACUCGUCGCUGUUUGACGGCAUGGGCGCGCUCGACCCAUCCUCGGCGGCGAACGGUGCUUCGUCGACGGCAGCGUCGUAUGGGGCCAGCAACGUCCCACGCACGUCGUCGAGUGGCGCGAUAGCGGCGGUCGCUGCCGCCAGCUUCGGCAACGCCGGAACUGCUGCUGGCGCGAGCCACGGCAUGGGCGGGUAUGACAGGUUCUAUGUUCGCCAGCAGUGA